AUGGCAGACGGACUCAACGAAUACCGCACGGCGCGCGUUGCUGAGCUGCUCUCGGACUUCCGCACACUACAGUACUACAUCGCCGCGGCACCGUGCAACCCGCCCGACAUGGACGACUACUACACCGAGGGCUGGGCCGCACUCCGGCAGUGCGCCAUGGACGGACAACACAUCCUCAACUGCGCGGCCGACGUCACAGUGCCGUGCGCUACGGGCGGGCCCGACGAACAGGCCAAGGCGGAGCUGAAGCAAGUUCUUCUCGACGCAUACGCGCGCAGGCAUGAGGGACAGAAGAUCUACCUCCGGCAGGCGGCGGCGCAGCGCUGGAUCGAAUGGCGGGACCAGAUUCUCAUGGGCGGCAGGCCGCACCCGGGCAACCAGGCACAGCUGCUCCAGAUCGAUCAGCAGUUGCGAGCUGAGCUCGCCAGCAUCACCGACGAACUCGUCUACUCCGAGCUUCAAGCCUCCGACAUGAGCAUGGGCCGCUGGACGGCCGAGGACCCGAGCCUGCGUGCUGUGCAACGCUGGGUGCGGACCCGGAGGUGUUAG